AUGUCUGGAAUCAAGAACACUCCUUCCGACGACUCGUAUGUCGAGCUCUCCACCAGCAGCAGCCAGAGCAGCGGUAACGGCAACGGCAACGGCAACGGCAAUGGCAAUGGCAACGGCUCGCUCCUUCGAGCUUUGACCAUCGCCUCCACCUCCGGUUUCGAGGUUCAGAUCCCUGUUCCUUCGCAGCCUUUUGACGCCUGGAUCGUUGCUGACGUUCUCCGUGAGGAGUUCCAGCGCUCGCUCGCUGCUUCGCCCGAGGUCACUGACGCUCUCGAGGUGAAGGAGGAACAGGAGAAUGCCGCUGGUGCUGCCGACAAGGCCGCUAACGUGGCCAAGAUCAACCUUGCUGCCAAGUUCCUCGGCUUCCUUGCCUCGCGUACUUCUGUCAAGACUUCCAGCCACGAGCUCAACCUCCUCCACCACGCUUGGGCUCACUUCCACGAGGAGUUCCUUGCCGAGCACGGUAGCGUCCACGACUUGGUCGCUGCUAUCGACACUGAUCUCCGCACCUCCGUUCUCCGUAGCUACUAUGAGGCUUUCGUCCAGCUCGAGACUGCUGGCAAAGCUAAGCCUUCGCUCGUUACUCCUAAGCUCUUCUCUCUUUCUGCCGAGAACAAAGCUGAGCUUCACGCCGUCUUUGGUGGCCAGGGCAACAAUGAAGCCUACUUCAAGGAGCUUCAGAACCUCUUCGACACCUACCGCCCUCUGGUUCAGCCUCUUCUCGAGUCGGUGCAGCCGCUCUUGAACAAACUUGGCGAGGAUGCCGUCAAGCAGGGUUUCGCCAGCUACUACACUCACGGCCUCGACGUUUUCGGAUGGCUCACAGCUGCUGUUCCUGAGCCUGCCGUCUCGUACCUGGCCAGCGUUCCCCUCAGCUUGCCCCUUAUCGGUUUGACCCAGAUCACCCAGUUCCUUGUCAGCAUACGCGCCUCCGGUCUUACUCCCGCCGAGUUCCGUUCGCAGAUCAAGAGCGCCACCGGUCACUCUCAGGGUAUCAUCUCGGCCGUCGUCCUUUCAGCUUCCGACAGCCUCGAGUCCUUCAAUGCCAAUGUCGCCAAGGCUGUCGAGCUCCUCUUCCAUAUCGGCAAGCGUGGUCAGGAGUUUUUCCCUACCCUUGCUAUCGACCCUGCUCUGAUUAAGGACACCAUCGAUGGCGGCGAGGGCGAGCCCACGCCAAUGCUUUCCGUCUCCGGUCUCGAGCAGUCAAUCCUCGAGAAGCACAUCCAGAAGACCAACUCGCACCUUGCCGAGUCUCAGGCCGUCUCGAUCUCGCUCUUCAACGGUCCUCGCAGCUUCAUCGUCACUGGCUUCCCCAAGGCUCUUGUCGGUCUUGUUGGCAGUCUCCGUUCCAUCCGCGCCGACAGCGGUGCUGACCAGGGCAAGAUCCCUUACAGCAAGCGCAAGGCCGUCUUCCGCAUGAACUUCUUGCCAGUUGGUGUCCCUUACCACUCGAGCUACCUCGUUGGCGCUACCGAGAAGAUGCUUCAGCAGGACUACGCCGGUCGCACCACCGUCUGGCAUGCUUCUGAGCUCAAGGUGGCCGUCAAGAACACCGAGGAUGGCUCCGACAUUGCCAGCUACCCUUCCGAGGAGAUCCUCAAGAGCAUCGCCGACCAGAUCUUCCUCAAGCACAUCUACUGGUCCAAGGCUUCUGACCUCCCCAAGACCGCCACCCACCUUAUCGACUUUGGUACAGGUGGUCUCUCUGGUAUUGGCGGUCUUUCCGCCCGUAUCCUCGAGGGACGUGGUGUCAGGAUCGUCAUCCCCAGCGGCACUCACGCUCGCAGCACCGAGCUCUACAACGCAACCACCGUCAAGUUCGAGGAGCGAUGGGAGGAUGCUUGGUCUCCUCGUCUCGUUCGUACCAAGAACGGAAUCAAGAUCGACACUCCCUUCUCGCGCACCACUGGCCGUGGCAUCUUGAUGGUCGGUGGUAUGACUCCCACCACCGUCAGCGCCAACAUCAACGCUGCCGUCCUCAAUGCUGGUCACGUCAUUGAGCUUGCUGGUGGUGGACUCCACAGCGAGGCUGGUCUCCGCAAGCGUGUCAAUGAGAUCCUUGCCAAGCUCGAGCCCGGUAAUGGCCUCGACCUCAACGGUCUCUUCAUCGACCAGCGACGAUUCGGCUGGCAGUACCCUCUCUGGGGUCAGAUGCGUCGUGAGGGCUUCCCUCUCAAGGGUUUCACCGUCGCUGCCGGUAUCCCUUCCGUCGAGAAGGCCAAGGACAUCAUCGAUGGUCUCAAGGCUGCUGGUAUUGAGUACGUCGGAUUCAAGCCCGGUACUGCUGACGGUCUUCGCGCCGUUGCUGCUAUCGCCGCUGCCAACCCUGACUGCAAGAUCAUCUGCCAGUGGACCGGUGGUCGUGCUGGUGGUCAUCACUCGACUGAGGACUUCCACCAACCCAUCCUUCAGACCUACGCCAGCUUGCGCAAGCAGAAGAACCUCAUCCUUGUCGGUGGUUCCGGUUUCGGCGAUGCUGAGGGUGUCUGGCCCUACCUCACCGGUGAGUGGUCGAUCAAGCUCGGGUACGCUCCCAUGCCCUUCUCGGCUUUCCUCUUCGCCUCGUGGAUGCUCGUCGCCAAGGAGGCUGCUACCGCCGAUGCCGUCAAGCAGCUCCUCGUCGACACUCCUGGUUGUGGCGACGACAAGUGGCAGGAGACCUACGGCAAGGGUGCUGGUGGCACCAUCACCUGCAACUCCGAGCUCGGCGAGAGCAUCAGCUACGUCCACAACCGUGCCGCUGCCUUGUGGCGUCAGCUCGACGACCAACUCUUCUCUCUACCCCGUGAGAAGCAGCGCGUCUGGCUUUCCGAGAAGAAGAGCUGGCUCAUUGAGCGUCUCAACAAGGACUUUCAGAAGCCCUGGUUUGCUGCCAAGCUCGAUGGUACUGCUCUCAUGAGCAUCGCCGACAUGACCUACGAGGAGGUCACUCGUCGUAUGCUUCAGCUCCUCUUUGUCAGCCACCAGAGCCGAUGGAUCGACCCUUCGCUCAAGAGGCUCUUCGGCGACUGGUGCCGACGUGUUGAGGAGCGCUUUGCCGGUAUCGAGACUGCCGGCAAGAAGGAGUCGCUCCUCCAGAGCUAUUCGGUCCUCGACAAGGAGCCCUCUGCCUUUGUCAAUACCUUCUUCGCCGAGUACACGGGUGCCAAGGAGAUUCGUCUUGCUGCUGAGGAUGUUGGCUACUUCCUUACCAUCUGCCAGCGCCGUGGUCAGAAGCCCGUUCCCUUCAUUCCCGAGCUUGGCGACAACUUCCAGACCCUCUUCAAGAAGGACUCGCUCUGGCAGUCCGAGGAUCUCGAUGCUGUCGUCGGUCAGGAUGCUCAGAAGGUUAUCAUUCUUCAGGGCUCCGUCGCCGUUCAGCACUGCACCAAGGCCAACGUUCCCGCCGGUGAGAUGCUUGGUGAGAUCGAGACCGCCCUCGUCUCCAAGAUCCUCGCCAAGUACUACGAUAACGACGAGAGCAAGGUUCCUUACGCCGAUUACGUCUCCAGCGACCCUCUCGCCAUCGAGGAGGCUCACUUCUACGCUCGCUCUGGCGUCGAGGCUUCGGUCUCUGGUAACGUCAAGACACUCAAGCUCGGCAACCAAGUACCCGACACCAAGGAGUGGCUCGAGGUCCUCGCCAGCCCCCGCACCAGUUGGUUGCGUGCUCUCAUCCGCAACGUCAGCGUCGUUCAGGGCAAGAACUACACUGACAACCCGAUGCUUCGCAUGCUUGCUCCUCGCAAGAACCAGUCGGUCAAGAUCGCCUACGCUGCCGACGGUGAGCCGCUCAGUCUUACCGUCUUCGGUGCUGCCCGCUCCUUCGGUCGCCACGAUGACGGCUUCAAGGCCCUCGAGAUCACCAAGUCGCCUGACUCGGCUCAGAUUCAGGUCACCCUCUUCGAAGAGCGUCUCGGCGAGUCGGUUCCUCUCCAUUUCUACUUCACCUACCGCCCCGACCAGCCUUUCGCCUCGAUCCAUGAAGUCAUGGACGGUCGCAACGACCGCAUCAAGCAGUUCUACUGGCAGCUCUGGUUCCACGCCGACAUGCCUGCUGCCGCUCAGCUCGCCUCGGCCAAGGAGUUCAAGAGUCCCGUCAAGUCGCUCGACGAGACUGCCAUCCGCAACUUCUGCCGCAUUGUCGAGAAUCGUGGUGAGGUCUUCACCAAGGGUCAGGCUCCUAUGGACUUUGCCAUCGUUGCCGGCUGGGAGGCGAUCAUGCAGGCGCUAAUGGCCAGCUGUGACGCCGACUUGCUCAGCCUUGUUCACUUGAGCAACUCAUUCAAGGUCAUCGACAACGCUCGCCCUCUCCGAGCAGGUGAUGUUUGCACCGCCACUGCCGCCGCCAGCAGCCUCAAGAUCUCUGACACCGGCAAGUCGGUCAGUGUCACCGGUACCGUUCUGCGCAAGGACGCCAGCGGUGACUUUGUGCCCGUCAUUUCGGUCGUUUCGAGCUUCUUCUUCCGUGGUCGCUUCACCGACUUCAACACCUGCUUCGAGACCUCACAGAACGAGUUCACCCUCGAGAUCAAGUCCAAGGCCGAUGCCACCGUCCUCCUCGCCAAGGAAUGGUUCGACUGGGUCGCUCCUCAGCCUCUUGCUCCCGGCACUGUUCUCCACUUCAACAUUCAGAGCUUGCUCAAGUACAAGGACAGCACCUCGUACUCAGAUGUCGAGGUCAGUGGCGGUGCAUACGUCCGCGACUACAAGGACGACUUGAUCAAGGUCGGCGAGAUCGAGUACAAUGCUGACGCCAUCAGCUACGGCAACCCCGUCAUCGAGUACAUCAAACGUAACGGCGGUGCUUCCACUGGCGGUGUUGCUCCCCUCGAGUCCGGUUACACUCUUGGCGAGUCCGACGUUCCCUCCACUUUCGUUGCUCCUGCUACCAACGAGCCCUACUCGAACGUGUCUGGUGAUUUCAACCCUAUCCACAUCAACCCUUACUUCUCUUCUUUCGCCUCUCUCCCCGGCACCAUCACUCACGGCCUCUUUUCGAGCGCUGCUUCGCGCAAGUUUGUUGAGGUCGUUGCUGCCGAAGGCUACCCCGACCGCUGCCUCUCAUUCGAAGCCAACUUUGUCGGUAUGGUUCUGCCUGGUGACGAGCUCACCGUCAAGUUGCGCCACAUUGCCAUGCGCGACGGUAACAAGGUCGUCAAGGUCGAGACCUUCAACCAGAACGGCGAGAAGGUCAUCGAUGGCCAGGCUGAGGUCAAGCAGCCUGCUACUGUCUACGUUUUCACUGGUCAGGGUUCGCAGGAGCAGGGCAUGGGUAUGGACCUCUAUAACUCGAGCCCUACCGCUAAGGCGCUCUGGGACGAGGCCGAUGGUCAUUUGCGAAGCACCAUGGGCUUCAGCAUCCUCGAGAUCAUUAACCAAAACCCUCUCACCAAGACCAUCCACUUCGGUGGCGUUCGCGGUCACACCAUUCGCGAGCGUUACAUGUCGAUGACCUACGAGUCCACCGAUGCCGACGGCAGCACGGUCACUCUCCCCCUCUUCCCCGAAAUCACCUCUUCGAGCCAGAGCUACACCUUCCAGUCGCCCAAGGGUCUGCUCUUCGCCACUCAGUUCGCUCAAAUCGCUCUUGUGCUCGUUGAGCUCAGUGCCUUCCGCGACAUGAAGCAGCGAGGUCUCAUCACUCUCGAUGCUGCCUUUGCCGGUCACUCGCUCGGAGAGUAUGCUUCCCUCGCCGCUGUCGCCAGCGUUCUUGAGGUCAAGUCGCUCUGUGACGUCGUCUUCUACCGUGGUCUUUCAAUGCAGAACUGCGUGCAGCGUGACCCUGUCACUGGCGCGUCCAACUACGCCAUGAUGGCUUGCAACCCUCUGCGAAUCGUCGGUGAAGGCAACCCUGCCUUCGCUGGUCAGGCUCUCUCUGAGAUCGUCGACUCGAUCAGCAAGGAGUCCGGCCGUCUCCUCCAGAUCGUCAACCACAACGUCGCUGGGCAGCAGUACGUCACUGCAGGCGACCUUGUCGCUCUCACCACCCUCGGCAACGUGCUCAACUUCAUCAAGGUCCAGAAAAUCGACCUCAAGAAGCUCAACGAGAUCAUGCCCAUCGAGGAGGUACGCGAGAAGCUUGCCGAGAUUGUACGCGAGGUUCUUCUUGCUGCUCUCGAGGAGGAAAAGAAGGGUCGCAUCGAGCUCAAGCGUGGUUUCGCCACCAUCCCCCUCCCCGGUAUCGAUGUGCCUUUCCACUCGCGCUACCUCACUGGUGGUGUCGCUCCUUUCCGAUCUUACCUGUCGAAGCGCAUCAACGUCGAUGCCAUCCGACCUCAGCUUCUUGUUGGCCGCUACAUUCCCAACUUAAUCGCUUCGCCCUUCGAGCUCAGCAAGUCGUACGCUGAGCUCAUCUUUGCCCAGACUGACUCGCCUCGUCUCGACAAAGUGCUCAAGAACUGGGAGAAGGACGAGUGGGAGUCGCCCGACAAGGUGCAGAGGCUCACUGCCACCCUUGUCGUCGAGUUGCUCGCCUACCAGUUCGCUUCGCCCGUCCGCUGGAUCGAGACCCAGGACAUCUUCUUCAACGACUACAACUUUGAGAGGAUGGUUGAGUUCGGUCCUAGCCCAACCCUUGUCGGCAUGGCCAAGCGCACACAGGCUCUCAAGUACUCGGCUGUCGAUCUUGCUCAGGGCCGCAAGCGUGUCAUGUUCUGCUCGAGCAAGGACAAGGAAACUCUCUACUACUCCUUCGCUGACGAUGAGAGCGAGGCUGAGGCUGCUUCUGCUGCUUCCGAGACUACUCCUGCCGCUGCACCUGCUGCUGCCGCCCCGGCUCCUGUUGCAGCCGGCGCUCCUGCUCCCUCCGCCGGUGGCGCUGCAGCCGCCGAGGUGCCUGACGAGCCUCUCAAGGCCGUUGACACCGUCCGUGCUAUCUUGGCUCAGAAGCUUAAGAAGAGCAUCUCGGAGGUGCCUCUCUCCAAAUCCAUCAAGGACUCUGUCGGUGGAAAGUCCGUCCUCAGUAACGAGCUUGUCUCCGAUCUCUUGGCUGAGUUCGGCAAUCUCCCUGAGCGAGGUGAAGAGCUUCCUCUCGAGGAGCUCGGUGGUGCCUUGCAGGCCGGUUACAGCGGCACUCUUGGCAAGACCACUUCUGGUUUGAUCACGCGUACCGUCGGUGGUAAGCUUCCUGGUGGUUUCAACCUUUCGUCCGUCAAGUCGCAUUUGCAGAAGGCUUGGGGUCUUGGUGCCGGCCGAACUGACGGUGCUUUGCUCGUUGCCAUCACCAUGGAGCCUGCUAAGCGUCUCGGCUCCGAGGCUGAGGCCAAGGCCUGGCUCGACUCGGUCGCCCAGGCUUACGCCCAGACUGCCGGUAUCAACCUCAGCCAGGCUAGCGCCGGUGGUGGAGGUGGAGGAUCUGGUGGUGUUGCCAUCAGCAGCGAGGAGCUCGACAAGCUCAAGGCUCAGCAGGAUGACCACGUUCGACGCCAAAUCCAGGUCCUUGAGCGCUACCUCAACAUGGACGGCCGUGCCAGUGGCCGACUUGCUGAGAGCACCAAGGCUGAGCUCGAGGUUGCUCAGGCUCAGCUCGACGCCAUCGCUGCUGAGCACGGUGACUUCUACACCAACGGUAUUAUGCCCAAGUUCGCCGAGAAGAAGGUUCGUCACUUCAGCUCGUAUUGGAACUGGGCCCGUCAGGACGCCAUGACCCUGCUCUACGACAUCAUCUAUGGCCGUCUUACCACCGUCGACCGCGAGAUCACUGCUCGUUGCAUCACCCUCAUGAACCGUGCCGACCCUAGUUUGCUCCGCUACAUGCAGUUCCACAUCGACCAGAUCGAUGCCAGCAAGGGCCCCACUUACGCUCUCGCCAAGGAGUACGGUCAGCAGCUCAUCGAGAACUGUCGCGAGGCCUGCGCCGAGGAUGCUGCCUACAAGGAAGUUCACGCUCCCACUGCUCCUCACACCGAGAUCGACGCUCGCGGCAACAUCGCCUACAGCGAAGUCAAGCGUGUCGGCGUUCGUAAACUCGAGGCUUACGUCAAGGAGAUGGCCGCUGGUAGCCGCUUGCUCGGUGCCGGCAGCCAGGUCAAUCUCGACAAGGCUCAGGAGAACGUCGCCAAGCUCUGGACCCUCAUCCGCAACGAGCCUUCCGUCAGCAAGCUCAGCAAGGCCACCAUCAAGAGCUUGUACAGCGAAGUCGUUCGGUCGCUCGGCCCCGCUCGUCAAGCCCGUACCCCCGUUCGCCAGACUCCUCGCAACCGUCGCUUGAGUUCCAACACUCAGCGACCUCAGAUCACCGAUGCUCCUGCUCCCGAAGACCGCACUCCCUUCCUCCACGUUAAGAGAAAAGUUGCUGGUCAGUGGCAGCUCAGCCGAAAGCUCACCUCGGUCUACCUCGACAUUCUCACCGAGAUGGCUACCCAGGGUGUCAGCUUCAAGGGCCGCAACGCCUUGCUCACUGGUGUCGGUAAGGCCUCAAUCGGUGUCGAGGUCGUCAAGGGUCUCUUGGCCGGUGGUGCCCGUGUUGUGAUCACCACCUCGAGCUACAGCCGCAGCGUCGUCGAGUACUACCAGCGCAUCUACCAGGAGGUUGGUUCACGUGGCUCGACCCUCACCGUUGUGCCCUUCAAUCAGGCUUCCAAGCAAGACGUUGACAACCUCGUCAAGUACAUCUAUGGCUCGCUCGACCUCGAUCUUGACUUCGUCGUUCCCUUCGCUGCCAUCUCGGAGAACGGCCGUGAGAUCGACGGCAUCGAUGACAAAUCGGAGCUUGCUCACCGUCUCAUGCUUACCAACUUGGUCCGUCUCCUCGGUGCCAUCAAGACUGAGAAGGCCAGCCGCAACUUCGACACCCGACCUACCCAGGUCCUCCUUCCUCUCUCCCCCAACCACGGUACUUUCGGUGGUGACGGUCUCUACGGUGAGAGUAAGCUUGGUCUCGAGACUCUCCUCAACCGAUGGGAGAGCGAGAGCUGGGGUCAGUACCUCUGCAUCACUGGUGCUAUCAUCGGUUGGUGCCGUGGUACAGGUCUCAUGUCUUCGUCCAACACUGUUGCCGAGGAGAUCGAGAAGCUCGGCUGCCGUACUUUCAGCACCACCGAGAUGGCCUUCAACUUGCUUGGCCUCUUGGCUCCUACUGUCUCUGCGGUCAGCCAGGUCGAGGCUCUCCUUGUCGACCUUAACGGUGGUAUGGACAAGAUCAUCGACCUCGCUGAGCAGACUGGCAAGUUCCGUGCUGCUAUCCAGGAGGCUUCGUCGACCAAGCGUGCCCUUGUCGCUGACAACUCUGCCGACUUCAAGGUCAUCAAGGGUUCUGCUGCCGAGGCUCUUCACAAGAAGGUGCACAUCAACCCUCGAAGCAACUUCACUUUCCGCUUCCCCGAGCUCGGCAGCCUCGAAUUCAACCGCGAGAUCGCCAAGAGCUACUCGGAGAUGGAUCUCGAGAAGAUCGUCGUCAUCACUGGCUUCGCCGAGGUCGGUCCUUGGGGUUCGUCGCGCACUCGUUGGGAGAUGGAGGCCUUCGGCCAUCUCACCAACGAAGGUGUCAUCGAGCUCGCCUGGAUCAUGGGCUUGAUCAAGCACCACGAUGGUCAGCUCAAGUCUGGUGCCACCUACGUCGGCUGGGUUGAUACCAAGAGCGGCGAGCCCGUCGAUGACAAGGACAUUCGCGCCAACUACGAGGAGCACAUCGUCAAGCAUGCCGGUAUCCGUCUCAUCGAGCCUGAGCUCUUCCGCAACUACGACCCCAACCGCAAGGGCUUCCAGCAGGAGAUUGAGCUCAACCACGACCUCGAGCCUCUGGAGGUCUCCGUUGAGGAGGCUUCCAAGUACAAGCUCGAGCACGGUGACAAGGUCGACACCUGGCAAGACCCUUCCACUGGCGGUGUCUUCGUCGUCCUCAAGAAGGGUGCUCGUAUCUUUGUGCCCAAGGCCGUUGCCUUCGACCGUCUCGUUGCUGGUCAAAUCCCCACUGGCUGGUCUGGUCAGCGCUACGGUAUUCCCGACGACAUUGUUGCUCAGGUCGACCGCACCACUCUCUGGGCCCUGGUCUGUGCCUCUGAGGCGCUCGUCAACUCGGGUAUUUCCGACCCAUACGAGCUGUACAAGCACAUCCACCCCAGCAAGGUUGGAAGCUGUAUCGGUUCCGGUAUGGGUGGAAUGACUUCGCUCAGCAAGAUGUUCCGCGACCGCCGCAACGACACCGAUGUGCAGAAGGACAUUCUGCAGGAGACUUUCAUCAACUCGGUCGCCGGUUGGGUCAACUUGCUCGUCAUGUCUGCCGCUGGUCCCAUCAAGACCGUCGUCGGUGCUUGUGCCACUGCUCUUCAGUCGAUCGACGUCGCUGUCGAGACGAUCCUUUCCGGCAAAGCCGAGCUCAUGCUUGCCGGUGGUUUCGAUGACCUUUCGGAAGAGGGAUCGUUCGAGUUCGCCAACAUGAAGGCUACCUCGAAUGGCAAGGAGGAGCUUGCUGCUGGUCGAGAGCCUUCGGAGCAUUCGCGUCCCUUCUCGACCUCGCGAAGUGGUUUCAUGGAGUCGCAGGGUUGCGGUGUUCAGGUUCUCACCACUGCCGCCAACGCCAUCAAGCUCGGUAUGCCGAUCCAGGGUAUCUUGGCUUACUCAAACACCCACACUGACGGUGCUGGUCGAUCGCUUCCUGCUCCCGGUCACGGUGUCAUCAGCAGUGCUGAUGGUAUGCAGCGCGCUCUGGCUCGCUUCAACCUCACUGCCGACGACAUUGGUGUCAUCUCUGCUCAUAUGACUGCCACCAAGGCCAACGACAAGAACGAAUCGCAUGUCUACCAGGAGCUCUUCACCCGCAUGGGCCGUACACCCGGUCACGCUGUGCCCGUCAUGGCUCAGAAGUGGCUCUGUGGUCAUGCCAAGGGUGGUGCUGCUGCUUGGGCUCUUAACGGUGUGAUGCAGUCGUUGCACACUUCGAUCGUCUGCGGUAACCGCAAUGCCGACGACAUCUCGCCCGAGUUGCAGAAGUUCGACAUGCUCCUGUACAACUCGACCUCGAUUCACCGUACACCUCAGCACGUCAACGCUGCCGCAGUCUCUUCGUUCGGUUUCGGUCAGGUCGGUGGUAUCGUUCUUGUCCUUCACGCCGCUCACAUUCUUGGUCGUCUCUCACCCAAGGUGUUCGACGAGUAUGUCGAGCGACGCAAGGCUCGUCAGCACCAGACCUACACUCGCAUGCACUCGGCGCUCACCAAGGAGGAUUUGGUGCGCAUCAAGGACAACCGCCCUUGGCCCGCCGAGCUCGAGGACCAGGUGUUGAUGAACUUGAACGCCCGUGCUGUCGAGAUUGGCGACAGCUACGGCUUCAAGGCUCCUCUUGCCGCCUUGCCUGCUCUUGCUACCACAGAGGACGUGAUCGUUCACGCCAAGUCUGCCGAGAUCUCUGCUCAGCAGGAGUCUUUGCAGAAGAUGAUGGGUCACGUUGCCGGUGUCGGAAUCGACUGCGAGAAGAUCUCGACCUUCCCUUCGGACAACGACAACUUUGUCUCAAGGAACUUCACCGAUGUCGAGAUUGAGUACUGCCGAGCUCAGCCUGACCCCAAGGCUUCGUUCUGUGGUCGAUUCUGUGCCGCUGAGGCCGUUGUCAAGUCGCUCGGCAUCCGAACGCAGGGCUCUGGUGCUUCGCUCAAGGAUGUCGAGAUCGUGCCCACUCCUGAGGGCCCUCAAGUCAAGCUUUACGGCGAGGCUCUCAAGGCUGCCAAUGGCUCGCGCUUCUUGGUUUCGAUCUCGCACGGUGACGACACGGCUAUGGCCAUCGUUCACCGCCUACCCAGCGCCUAA